CUGCUCCUCAUGCUCGCCUGCGCGCGCGUGGCCGCCGGCGUCAUGGACGCCUUGGACAUCAAGGCCGUCUGUGAAGUGCCGACGGACGGCGGGCCGCGGAAGAUCUACCUCGACAUGGACGCCGAGGCCUUCGAGACGCUCGCGGGCCCGCCCGGCCCGGGCAACAGCAUGUCGCUACCCAUCGAGACGUCCGAUUGCGAACCCUUCAAGUCCGCCUACAUCAACUUCUCGCCGGGCGGCCACCCCGCCUGGGACGGCAAAGGGGACGGAUACGGCAUCGACCACUUCGAUAUCCACUUCUAUACCAUCACGGAGGACGCGCGCGUCGCGCUCAUGGGCAUGUGCCUGUGUGGAAAUCAACCAGUGCGUUGGGUACACACCACCACGCUAUCGAGCAGGCGCCGCGUCGAUGGCGUGGAGGACGACGCGACGAUUCAGCACGAACCGUGACGAACGCGCCGUAAAAUUGAUUUCCACACAGGCACGUGCGUCCAACCGCCCGGGGCCGGCAACUGCGACGCGAGCGCGCCCGAGAACGCGCCGUUCUACGUCCUGCCCGACCCUGAUUACAUGACCGGAUUCGUGCAGGACGACACCUUCGGCGGGCACGCCGUCCCGGGCCACGGCCUGCACCUCUUGCCGGCCGAGGACGUGGCGGACGGGGGCCCUGCGGCGUGCAAGAGCACGGGGGAAAACGGCGACUGGCGGGACUGCAACGCCCAACAAUUAUCCCUCCUCGGUGUGCCCGGCUUCCCGCCGGCGCCGAACGACCAGGGCUGCGCCUGCGGCACGUGGACAAAUGGUGCCUCGCCGUGCGGGAAUCAACGUCGCGUCGAUGGCGUCGACGGCGCCAAGAAUUUGAUUUCCACGCAGGCGUCUCGCCCAUCCUGCUCAGCUACGACGGCCAGGUCGUCGCCUCGGAGAUCAUGGCGUCGCAGCCUGUGUGGAAAUCAAAUUUCAGGCGCCACACGCCGUCGACGCGAUGAAUCUAACUCACUGGUUGAUUCCACACAGGUCGCAGCAGCACGUCAAGGACCUCGGUGCGACCGAGUCCAACCCCUUCACGAAACCUUAUCCUCAGCAGGAGAAGUACAUGACGAACGGCUUCCACCCGACGUCGACGUGGUCCUACAAGACCGACGACGGCCGCGUCCAGCUCGGCCUCGUCCUGAGCGAGGAGCCGGAGCAGGCGUCGUGCGAGGACGCGGAAGAUUGGCACAAGACGGACGAGCCGGCGAAGGACUGCGCCUGGGUCGCGAAGAAACCGGAGACGCGCUGCUCAGUCAAGGGCCCGGGUGCCUACGCGGCGUCGCUCAUGGCGCCUUCGAUCGGCGGAUGAUCGCCAUCGACGCGACUCGCUCACCGGUCGUUCGCGCAGGCUGGGGUCAGGCCAAGCUCCGGGCCGCCUACGCUUGCAAGGGGGCCUGCGGCGGCCCCUGCCAGGAUACGGGUACGGAGGCUUGGCACAAGAAGAACGACGAGACGAAGGGCUGCGCCUGGGUCUCUAUCUUCCCAUCGAUGCGGUGCCUCGUCAAGGGCGAGGGCGGGGUGCGGGCCACGGAGGCGUGCCCCGACUCGUGCGCUCGCAACCACGUGGUCGUCGGCGGCCCGGACGGCUCCGGCGACAAGAACUGUUGCGGGGGAGGCUCAGCCUGCGGUUGGGCCUGGUGCGAGGCCGAGGGCAAGUGCACGCAGGUGUGGGACUGUCCAGUCCCGUGCACGAAGGAGUACAUGCCAGUCUGCGGGUCCGACGGCAAGACCUACGACAACUCGUGCCUCGCCGAGAACGCAGGCGUAGAGUACACCGAGGGCGCGUGCCAGCUCCCUUCGGCCGUCCACGUUCUGCAGAAGUUCUACACGGACGAGAACUGCGAGAACGAGAACACGGCGCUCACGGAAGCCAUGUACCCGCAGAACAACGUGGCCCCCGAUGGCUUCACGGACCCGUCGUACCAGGAGGGCACCUGCAGCGAGCUGGUGGGGCCUCUCUUCAGCGGCGAUAUCGUCAUUCCGUUUGAGCACUCGGGCAAGCUCAGAUGCGGCCCGGGCAACUGCGAAGCUACCCUCGACUGGUACGUCGGGUCCAAGACUUGCGAAGAAGACUCCUCGAGGGUAGAAAGUAUGACAUUCACGUUCCCCCCGGAUGCUACGGACGGGACGAUGUCCGCGUGCGUCGUGACGAACGGCGCCGGGUCGGACGAGGAGUGCUCCGUGGGCGGCCAGGCCUGCUCGCGCGCCAUCCAGUACCACGAGUUCUUGCCCGGCCAGACGCCGAUUCACAUCCACGAGUACUGCGAGUGCAAUUGAGCACGCCCGACCCGGGCCACCAUGCU